AUGCUUUCUCUUCCAACUGAAGUUCAACUUGAUGUAUUAAAAUAUCUUAAUUUCAACCAAUUAUUCUCUGUUAAACUAACUCAUUUUUAUUUUUGCAAUUUAAUCAAUAAAUAUGAGGGAGAAUUGGCACAAAUUAAAUUUUAUCAAAUUUCAAUACCCAAAUCUCUUCGAACGUUAGAUCCUUAUAAAUUCAUUAAACCUGAAUUCGGAAAUUUUGAAUUAACUUUAAGUGAUCAACUUAAAGAGAAGUGGCAAACAGCUAUAGACAAAUCAAUUCCUUUGUUCUUGGAUAAGGGAUCAACUCAGUCCUUCUGGCGUACAACCUUCUGGGUUUCGACCUUCUGGGGUGGACCCUUGGAUAAAUCCAUAGGCAAAAUACUUGUUGGUUUAAAAACGACAGAGGAUGGAGGAUCUACUUAUAUCUUAGAAUUCUCAAACCUUCCAAAAAAUAUUCAAGAAAUGGGUAUUGCCCGUUGCUUGAUGGAAAUACUUUUUAAUUGUGCUUUUGAACGUGCUCAUUUUGACAAGACUGUAUUUAAUCCGGAAAUGGUCGAUAUAUUAUUUGAUAACGACAAAACGAUUCCUCUUAAACUUAACAUUAAUCAUUUAUAUCUAUAUGCUAGCAAUAGAAUAUGCGAAAAUUUGGUGGCCAUUUUAGAUAAUUUAGCAAUAUCUGAAUCUUUUUCGAUCUAUUUGAAAGAUGUUGACAUUCCAGAACAAUAUAUAUUUAUUUUAUUUGAUAUUCUAAUAAAUAAAGGCGAUAAAUUACAUCACGUUAGUUUUAUGUUUGAAUGUGAAUUGCCACAAAUUUAUGAUCUUAUUGUUGAAUAUAUAGCAACAUCUAGAGAGUGUUCAAAAAUUGUGUCUUAUAUUUCUUUACAUCAUCCUGGAGGAACAAAAUUUAAAUUAAGUGAAAGAGCAGAAGAAUUUAAAGUUAAUGACUUUGGGGUUAUAAAAUAUACAAAUUACCAAAUAGUCAAUAUUCACAAUCCAAAGGAAAUAUUUUAUUUCUAUAUUAAUGAAACAAAACGUAAAGAUAUUGCUUCUAGUUUACGAAUAAAAAUGUAUGGUUUCUAA